ACUAGAGUUGAUUUUUCUUUCUAUCUGAAUGGAUAGGUCGUACAUCUGAAUUCUUAAUAUAUGGGCAGGGACAACAACGAAAUGCAGUCAUUGAGGCCAUUCGAUUAUUAGAAAAUGGAAAAAAUAGGUCAAAAGAUGGUGCAUCGUUGGUUGGUGAAGAGUCCAAAGGCGUACUAACACCCAAACAGUUCAAGGAUAAGGCAAAGAAAUGGCAAAAGUUUGUGACUCAGGCCAAAGCCUCGGGAAGAACUUCUGCUGAUUAUUGCGAACUGGGCAAUGAGAUAGGCGCUGAAAUUCUUGUGCAUUACAAUAGCAUAUUAAAAUCUUGUAAUGCUCUGGAUUAUCAUGACUUAAUCAGCUGUUCAGUGAAGCUCCUCACUGAUUUUCCUGAAGUUUUCAGAGAGUGUCAGGAUUCAUGGAAAGCCAUUGUUAUUGAUGAGUUCCAAGAUACCAGUACCAUGCAAUACAAACUUCUGAGGAUUCUGGCCUCCCAUCAUAAAAUAACAAUUGUCGGUGACGAUGAUCAGUCCAUUUUCAGUUUCAAUGGAGCUGAUGUUUCUGGAUUUAUGUCCUUUCGCAAGGAUUUUCCUAACUACAAAGAGAUUAGGCUUAACAAAAACUACCGGUCCACACGCUGCAUUGUAGAAGCUGCAUCUUCUCUUAUUCGAAAUAAUGCUAAGCGAUGUCAAAUGAAGAAUGUUCUUACUGAUAACUCUUCUGGAUCCAAGAUAGUUGUAAAGGAGUGUAACAAUGAGGAUGCACAAUGUGCAUUUGUUGCUGACAAAAUUAUAGAAAUUUCAUCUAGUCAUUCAGAAACUACCUGUUCUUUUGGUAACAUUGCGAUUCUUUACCGUAGGCAGAUAUCAGGAAAAGCCUUUCAAAUUGCGUUUCGUGAUAGGAAAAUACCAUUUAACAUUCAUGGGGUGGCUUUUUACAGAAAAAAGGUGGUGAGAACUAUUAUUGCCAUGCUUAGAACAGCACUGCCUGUUUGUGAUGAUAGCUCAUAUAUCCGUGUCUUUAAGGCUUUACUGCAAUUUGAGAAAGAUCAAAAAAAGAGGGUGAUUGAUCAUAUCAACAAGAUUUCAACUAUUAGAAAAUGCAGUUUCAUAUUAGCUGCUAGUGACAUAUUUAGUGCAAAGAUUUCUGGUACCUUUAAAAGGAGUGAGCUUACCCAUGGAAGGAAGGUUCUGACUACUCUAGAGAUGAUAUCGAAACUUGUUCUCAGGGAAAAAUCAAUCUCAGCUAUCAUAACUAGUGUGGCAGACUUGAUACCCGAGAAAUACCUUCUGGAGAAACGGGCAAGUGUUGAUGUUGAUGGAGGGACAUUGCUGAAUGAAGACUACGAUAUCAGAUCUGUUCGUCAAUACUUGCUGGAUGAUGUCUCUGAGUUUUUAUCUACUAAAUUUCUUGAGAUAAAAGAGAAAAGGGAAAUAUCAGAAGACAAAGGCUGCAGUUUUAUGCUGAAGGCAUUCCUAGAUUUUUUAUUUGAGCGCGAAACAGAGAACUUUCGUGCUCGGAGGAAGGAUAAUGAAAAUUCUGUGACAUUGACAACCAUUCAUCAGGCAAAAGGUUUAGAGUGGGAUGUUGUCUUCAUAGUUAAGGUAAAUGAAUCUGAGAUUCCUCUACUACAUGAUUACAAAGGCAUUAUAAAGGAGACAGGGGCAUUAGUUGAGGAAGAAAGACGUUUGUUAUAUGUUGCAAUGACGCGUGCUCGGCAAAAGCUUUUCAUUCUCCAUGUUAUGAUGGACUCAAAUUGGCAGAUGCUUCAACCUUCACGAUUUCUGAGAGAAAUCCCCAAUCAUCUUUUAGAGGUUCAGGGCGAAAUGAAUAUACAAGUACAACUAAAGCAAGAAGCUGUUCAAAAGGAAAAUGCCAAGCUUAAUGCCAAUGAGCUGCUAAAAGAGCAACAGUUUGAAGAAGAGGUGGUCCCCAUGCCUAAUGACUUACUCAAUAGUCAUAUUACCGAGUCUUCCAAUGAGCUUGCAGAAUUUGAAGAGGCAAACAAUGGGAAUACUUUCUUAAGAAGGUUCCUCUUCCAUAUUGUGAAAUUCAAUGUUGAGGACAGAUCUGUUGUUUCCCAUUUAUUCCAUAAAUGGGCCAAGAAGAAAGCAUUUCAAGAUCAAAAGAGAUUGCUUGACAAGGUUGGUUUUGUAAUUGAGGAACGCCUUAGAGAUAAGAGAAACAAACACAAGGAUUUGUUGAAUAAACUAAAGUUGUGUUUAUGCUCUGAGGAGGCAUUUCAGUAUGCUCAACAUGUUUUGAGAUGGGAGCAAAUCCCUGCUGAUAAACGUGCUCAUCUUAUGAGGGAAAAACAGGAACAUUUCUUGAAGCAGAAGAUUGAGAAUGCGAUGGGUUCGGCAGCACCAACUGGCAAACAGAUUUCUUAUUUGAAAAAACUAGGUUGCACGGUGACCCCUACGUCAAAGCUCCAUGCGUCCCAUCUUAUUGAACAAUACAAAUCAUUGUAAAAAAUUUAGAAGUGCCAUCUUUUAUUUCCCCUUUUUCGGCCCCUUUGUAAUGUAUCCGUGAGUAUUGGAAGCCCAAGCUAGUCCUCAACCUUGUAUAAUAUAUUUCCUAGGCUGCAUCCAACUUUGGUGAAAUAUGUGUAUAGAUGUGCUAUUUUAACUUAUAUAAUGUAAGGUUAAAAUUUUGCCAAUUUCUAUGUUAUGGACCAAUUACUUUCGUUACU